AUGCCGGCUCCUCGCUGCCGCCGCUGCCCCCUAGCGGCCGCCCUGCGCCGCCCCCGCACCUCGGAGCCCCUCUGCCGCCGCUGCUUCCUGCAGGCUUUCGAGGACGAAGCCUUCCAGACCCCCUCCCCGGGCAGCUCGGUGGCCAUCGCCGCCUCGGGGGGGAAGGACUCCUCGGUCCUGGCUCACCUGCUGGCCCGGCUGAACGGGCGGCUGGGGGGCGGAGCCGGCGAAGGAAGGGGCGUGGCCUCCGGGGGGCGGGGCUACCGCUUCCUCCUGCUGUCGGUGGACGAAGGCAUCGCCGGGUACCGGGAGGCGGCCCUGGGGGCGGUGCGGGGGGCCCGGGGGGGGCUGCCCCUGCUGCUCCUCUCCCACCGGCAGCUCUUCGGCUGGAGCGUGGACGAGCUGGGGGCCGCCGGGCUGGCCCGGGGGGGGUCCCGCUGCACCUUCUGCGGCGUCUUCCGCCGGCAGGCCCUGGAGAGGGGAGCCCGGGCCCUGGGGGUGGAUUGGAUCGCCACGGGGCACAACGCAGACGACAUCGCCGAGACCCUGCUGAUGAACCUCCUGCGGGGGGACGUGGCCAGGCUGCGGCGGGCGGCCAGCGAGGCCACCAGGAAGCCCCCAGGGGCCACCACGGUUCCUCGGCUGAAGCCCCUGCGGCACUGCUACGAGAAGGAGAUCGUCCUCUACGCCCACUACCAGGGCCUGACCUACGUCAGCACCGAGUGCCUCUACGCCCCCCACGCCUUCCGGGGCCACCCCAGAGGCCUCCUGAAGGAGCUGGAGGCCACCAGGAGCAGCUCGGUGGCAGCCCUGGGCCACUCCUCCCGGGCCUUGGCGGUGGCAUCUCAGGUGGCUUCCAAGGGGCUGGGGGCCUGCGGCCGCUGCGGCUUCGCCUCCAGCCAGGGCCUGUGCAAGGCCUGCGUCCUCCUGGCCGCCCUGGAGAAGGGGAGGCCCAAGGUGGGGUUGGGCAAGAGGGGCGAGCCCAGCCCCGGCCCCGGCUGCAGAUGA